AUGGUGAAUGUUGUGGAUGAAAUGAUAAGUGCAGUGUGCGAAAAUGAGCACACAUUGCUAGCUGAGUUACAGGGAAAGUAUGAAUUCAUAGACUUUAAUGAAAUAAAAAAUUGCAAAGAAAAGAAGUUUUAUCAUGAAUUAACAUUAGAAAUGCAAAAGAUUGUUAAGAAUAACAAUGUACAAUUAAAGGACAAGUUUAGACUAUUUCACACGUAUUUAUCACCACUAAUGAGCAAAUUGAAGAAGACCAUAUAUGCAGAAUUGUUAUACAUUGUAACAGUUGAGUUUGAUGCAAAUUGGACAAUAUCUUACGUGAAAGAAUCUGAAAAAAAUUUAGAAAAUGAUAAGGAUGCAAUAAUAAUAUAUAGAUGUAUACUAAUUCUAAAAUACAUAGAAUUGGGUGAUUUUAAAAGUUGUGAAAAUGAAAUAGAAAGUACUAAGAACAUGUUACAAGGAGUUAUAGGACUCAAUAUAGUGGCUCAUAAAUUUUACAAUUUUGCAAUAAUGAAUUAUUAUAAAGUAUUAAGUAAAUCAGAUCUCUUUGUUAAGUAUUCGUUAUUGUACUUGGCAUAUACACCACUGAAUGAUUUAGAUGACUCAGAGAAAAUCGAAAUUGGUAAAUAUAUAUGUAUGCAUUCUAUAAUAAGCGAAGAUGUGUAUAACAUUGGAGAGAUAAUUCAAUUACCCAUUAUAAAUAUAUGUAUAAAAAAUAAUGAACAGACCAAUUGGUUAUACCAACUAAUUUAUAUAUACAAUGAAGCAAAUAUUGAAUCAUUUAAUCAGGCCAUGCAAACUUAUGAAACCAAUAUAAAAAAUUCACUUCUUAAGAAUUAUGAUAGAAAUAUGAUAAGAAAAAUAACCCUCCUCGCUCUAAUGGAUUUAGCUUUUAAAAAAAAAAAACAAAGAUCGGAUAUUUCUUUUAUCGAAAUCUCAGAACAUUGUAAGGUAGAUAUUAAUGAGGUUGAAAAAAUGCUAAUUACAGCCAAGAGUAAAAAUAUACUUACAUGCCAAAUUGAUGAAAUUCAAAAGUCAGUCAAAAUUACCUGGGUCAAACCCAGAGUUCUUAAUAACCAAAAAAUAUUCCUCAUGAAAGAAAGCAUAGACAAAUGGAUAACACAUUCAAAGAAUCUCUUGACCUAUAUGGAAGGACUCUCGGUCGAACUUCUCAUAUCCUAG